UCAUUGUGUGUUCACUGAAGUUCUGGAAAUAUUUGAAGCUCAAACAACGCCGGCUGGUGUGACAGGAAGUAAAUGCUAUAAGCUUACGUCCAUACUACAGCAAACAUUACUUGUUGAAGACAAAGGAGACAUGAGUUUGGCGGUGACAACCCAUAAAAUCAUUGUGACGUCAUCUGCAGUGCGUGUAUCUCACGUCACGUAAAAUGAUGUGGGCCUUUAUGGCCUUAAACCAUUCGGUUUAGGUCUGUGCUCAUUUCCCCAAAGGCACUAUGUCUUCAGCGUCUGCCAAUGAUAAACCUCGCAAAGGCCAGAACAGGGGUCGGGGAAAGAGGAAGAGGUCUCAGAACUCCAACAGAUCGAUGCGGAGGUUGGCGCUGGGAUGCAGUUCCAGCUCCAGCUGCAGUUCCAUCGCUAAUUCCCAAGUAAAAUCCCCUGGAGGGGACCAACCGACCCUCCAGACCCGACCGACCCUCUACGGUGGAACCCUGCGGAAAAUGCGGCGAUGCCCAGCCACACCGUCCAAGAUGGCUGGAAAGAGAUACUGUCUCGGUAGUCAGCCUGCUGAUCUGGCUCUGACACUGGCUGAAGUCCCUGCACACAAGCCCUACCUGGGAGACGAGACACCUGGUCCAUCAAAGAGGUUCGGCCUCUUCAUUAAGGAGGAGGAGCGGCCCACAAAGAGGAGGAAGUCUGGGAGGUCCCAGCGAUCGUGUGAUCAACCUGAAAGCACAAAGACCUCUGAUGCUGUCAGACCUGCCAAAGCCCCACGCAAAGCACGCUUGGAGCGGCUUUAUCAGAAGGGAUCAUUACUGGGGAAAGGUGGGUAUGGGUCUGUUUUCGCUGGAGUGCGAAAGUCUGAUGGAUUACCGGUGGCUAUUAAGUAUGUGUCCAAACUCCAUGCUGAGGAAGAGAUCAAACUUCCUGAGUUCGAGGGUCCUCUCCCCCUGGAGGUGGCCCUGAUGAAGCGCGUCUGCUCCGCUCCGGAGAGCCCUCACGUCCUCCACAUGCUGGACUGGUUCAACCUGCAGACCCAGUACGCCCUGGUGCUGGAGAGACCCGAGCCCUGCCAGGACCUCCUGGCCUUCUGCCUGGACGGCGGCGGCCGUGUCAGCGAGUCCCUGGCCCGACGGGUGGUGGCUCAGCUGGUCCGCGCCCUGCUCCACUGCACCGAGCGCGGCGUUCUCCACAGGGACGUGAAGCUGGAGAACAUCCUGAUUGGCACAGACACCCACGUCAUCAAGCUGUUUGAUUUCGGCUGCGGAGGCCCGUGGAAGAGCUCUGCCUACAAGGAGUUUGCAGGAACCUUGGAUUACACUCCUCCCGAAUGGUUUCUUCUGGGGAAAUAUCAUGCUGGUCCAGCCACGGUCUGGUCUAUAGGCGUGAGCCUCUACUGCAUGCUCUCUGGCUUCCUCCCCUUCAACAGCCCCAGGCACAUCAUUAAGGGGAGACUGAGGUUUGACACUGACCUGUCACAAGAGUGCCGUGACCUGAUCCGCUGGUGUUUGAGUCCGAAGGCGUCAGACCGUCCCACACUGGAGCAGAUCGAGCUCCACUCUUGGCUCCGGUAGAGGAGCCGUCCA